UCAUCGUGUUUGCCACCAUUGUUGGUUAAUCUAAUGAUGUUCUUAAUGGGUACGUCUUUCCACACCAAGUAAUCAAAUAGUACUAUACACCUAAAAUGAGGGUGUCAUCAUGUGAAAUUUUGUUUGCAAAAAUGGAUUUCGUUUCCAAUUGAUCUUCUGUUUUCCCUGAGUGCACCCCAUCUGAUUGGAAGUGCAUUACAUAUUCAUUAGACAUAGCUUAGCUCUUCCUGGUGUGCUUCAGACUGUCCACAAAAAGUGGCUUACGCUCAAGUUGGAUUUACAGACACCCGCUAAGCAACAAGAUGGAGUUGUGAGAGGGAGGAGUGGAAAUCAGGCGGAAGAUUUCUUGUCGGAUUCCAGCAUCCGAAUCGGACCUUCCCAGGAUACCUACAAUAACAAGCCGCCAUACCAAAAUGGAUCAUAUACCAAAUGUACAUCUGUAGAUUCUCAUCAUAAGGAGCUUAGGCACUAAAUCCUCUUGAAUAUUCCUAAAGUUUAAACAGGAGACACCAAAAAGGAAGAUGUCGUCUGUAAAGGUAGCUGUGCGUGUACGUCCAUUUAAUGGGCGAGAGAAGGCCCAUAACUCCGUCGCCAUCAUUCAGAUGUCCGGGAAAAGCACAACCAUAACCAACCCUAAAGCUGGACCCAAAGACAUAAACUUGAAGACGUAUGAGUUUGAUUAUUCUUACUGGUCUCAUACCACACCUGAAGACCCACAUUUUGCCUCCCAGCGGGAAGUCUAUGAGGAUAUUGGGCUAGAAAUGCUUGACCAUGCCUUCGAGGGCUACAACGUGUGUAUCUUUGCUUAUGGACAGACCGGUUCAGGCAAAAGUUACACAAUGAUGGGAAAGAAUGAGCCAGGACAACAGGGAAUAAUUCCACAGUUAUGUGAAGAUCUGUUUGUAAGAAUAAAAGACAGAAGCUCUGCUAUGACAAAUUACUCCUGUGAGGUAAGCUAUAUGGAGAUUUACUGCGAACGUGUGCGUGAUUUAUUAAACCCUGGCAACAAGAAUGCCCUGAGGGUGAGAGAACAUCCCCUCCUGGGCCCCUAUGUGGAGGACCUCUCCAAACUGGCCGUCCAGUCCUUCAAGGACAUCAGCAACCUCAUUGAUGAGGGAAACAAAGCCAGAACUGUGGCUGCCACUAACAUGAAUGAGACGAGCAGUCGGUCCCACGCUGUGUUUACCAUUAUCUUCACACAGAGGAAGAAAGACGCGGCCACUAAAAUGACGGGAGAAAAGGUCAGUAAGAUAAGCUUGGUUGAUUUGGCGGGAAGUGAACGAGCAGACUCGACCGGAGCCACUGGGACACGUUUAAAGGAGGGUGCAAACAUCAACAAGUCUCUUACCACCCUCGGCAAAGUCAUAUCGGCCCUCGCCGAUUGUAGUGCUCUAGAAAGUUUUGGGAAAGCAAGUAAAAAGAAGAAAAAGGAGAAUUUCAUUCCGUACCGAGAUUCUGUUCUUACCUGGCUCCUCAGAGAAAAUCUUGGUGGGAACUCUAAGACCGCCAUGGUAGCUGCCCUGAGUCCUGCCGACAUCAACUACGAUGAAACUCUCAGUACUUUGAGGUAUGCUGACCGAGCCAAGCAAAUUGUAUGUAAGGCAGUGGUCAAUGAAGACCCCAAUGCCAGAAUUAUCCGGGAACUCAAAGAGGAGGUGGCCAAACUGCGCGAAAUUCUUGUCCAAGAGGGGAUAGAGCUUGGGGCAGGACUUCACGGUCUUCCUAUCGCCCCUAAGCCACCGUUAGGGUCACGAUCAAGGAAGAGCUCUGUGGCCAUAGAAGGGGGAGAGGAUGCUAUGGAGAGGCUUCAGAUGUCGGAGAAACUAAUAGCAGAACUCAACGAGUCGUGGGAGGAAAAACUCAGAAAAACAGAGACAAUUCGGAAAGAAAGGGAGGCGGUCCUGGCAGAAAUGGGUGUGGCUCUGCGUGAGGACGGCGGAACAAUCGGAGUGUUCUCCCCUAAAAAGUCGCCCCACUUGGUGAACCUGAAUGAAGACCCGCUGAUGUCCGAGUGUCUGAUCUACUACAUCAAGGCGGGACUAAGGACAAUGGUUGGCCAUGGAAAAUCUUCCAAACAACAUGACAUUCAACUCAGUGGUUCUCACAUCCUGGAGGAACACUGUUAUUUCUCCUGUGAGGAUGAAAAAGUCACCCUAACUCCCACCAAGGAAGCAAUGUGUUAUGUCAAUGGGCGCCAGGUUACAGAGCCAACCGAGCUGAAGACGGGAGCUCGCGUCAUUCUCGGCAAACACCAUGUGUUCCGGUUCAACCAUCCUAUACAAGCCAGAAGAAGUCGAGCAUAUUUACUGGAUGAAAACCCACCUGACAAUCCCAGUACGGAACCUGUGGAUUGGACGUUUGCCCAGCUGGAGCUUUUGGAAAAACAGGGCAUAGAUCUGAGGACAGAAAUGGAGCAAAGGCUGUGUGUUUUGGAGGAACAGUAUAAGAAAGAGAAGGAGGAAGCCGACCAGCUGUUUGAGCAGCAGAGGAAGGACUACGAGAUCCGUAUCCAGUCCCUCCAGGAACAGGUGGAGCGCCACUCCAUGAUCUCCAGCUUCGCCAACGUGGAAGAUCUGCUCUCGGAGGAGGCGUAUGUACAAGAAUGGACUUGGACAGACCGAGAAAGGGAGUUGGCAGCCUGGGCCUUCAGAAAGUGGAAAUAUCACCAAUUCACAUCUCUCAGGGAUGACUUGUGGGGCAAUGCUAUCUUCCUUAAGGAGGCCAAUGCAAUAAGUGUGGAGCUCAACAAGAAGGUCCAGUUCCAGUUUGUGUUGUUGACCGACACCUUGUACUCACCUUUGCCCCCUGACAUCCUGUCCUCAGAUGACCGUGACCUUGAACGCCCGUUUCCAAGGACGAUCGUUGCCGUGGAAGUCCAGGACACCAAGAACGGAGCAACACACUACUGGAGCCUUGACAAACUUAGACAUCGCUUGGAGCUCAUGCGUGACAUUUAUAACGACGACUUAUCACCCGACACCCCUGAGGCCAAACAGGAUUUCCUCCAAUGUCUGGUCGGCUGUGGUCCGCACCAAAACUACUUUAACUUCAUUAACUUAAUCCCAUCCAGACAGAGGCUUGAGUUGAUGCGGGAAAUGUACCAUAAUGAGGCUGAGUUGUCGCCCACAUCACCUGAGCCUAACCUGGACAGUAUGACAGGUGGUGAUCCAUUCUAUGACAGAUUCCCAUGGUUUAGACUUGUCGGCAGGGCAUUUGUGUAUUUGAGUAACCUAUAUUACCCAGUCCCCCUUGUCCACAAAGUGACCAUCGUCAGUGAAAAGGGAGAGGUCAAGGGGUCACUCCGAGUGGCAGUCCAGGCUAUCACAGACAAAGAGGAAACUCCGGACUACACUCCAGGAAUUAAGCAGUCUGGAAACGCCAAAAUAACAUUCAAUGACAAGGACUACUACCAAAUAAAACAAAAACACUUGCCAGACAAGACAAGCCAGCUUCGAGCAAGAAUGUCCCCCCAGGGGGCGCCCUCAAUGGAGGAGCUGAGAUACGUAGAGGGUGAGGGAACCACUCCUGACAACUGUUAUGCCAUGGAUGAAGCGUAUCGUUGUUAUGAAGACACUACAAAUCAGGUAGACCGAUUCCCGGAGAUUGAAGAACGGGAACUUCCCAAACAUCUCAAGAUCGGGAGUCAGUUCAUGUUCCGGGUCACCAUUCUGGAAGCCUCCGGGAUCUGUCCUGAAUACGCUGAUAUCUUCUGCCAGUUCAAUUUCUUACACCGCCAUGAUGAAGCUUUCUCCACGGAGCCACUGAAAAAUUCUGGCAAGAGUCAUCCCCUGGGGUUCUACCAUGUACAGAAUUUUACCGUGAAUGUGACAAAGUCCUUCAUUGACCACAUCAAGUCCCAGCCACUAGUGUUUGAAGUGUUUGGACAUUACCAACAACAUCCACUACAUGACCAGGCAAGGGACACAGUUUCUUACAGUUCCAGGCCACCACCUCGACGUAGUUUCCCGCCAUUGAUUCCCGUUUCCAAACCGGUUCCCUCCCCCAAGUUUGGUAUAAUCACCCCUCCAAGAUCUGAUAAGAAGUCUGGCACAAAGCAGGAUUUAUUGAUAGAUGUUACUAAGUUUACAAGUCCAGGGUUCUAUGACUCAGGUCGAAGUCCAGACAUCGAAGUAGCUCCCAUGACACCUUACAUACUUGGUAGCCAUGUCCACUCCCUGUACGACCUCCUCGUCUGGUUUGAGAUUUGUGAGCUGGCACCCAAUGGAGAGUAUGUGCCGGCUGUAGUGGAUCACAGCGAUGACCAGCCAUGCAUGGGGACGUACAUGUUACACCAGGGUAUUCAGCGUCGAAUCGCCAUCACUAUCAUGCAGGACCAGAGUCCAGAGACGGACCUGAUCUGGAAAGACGUCAAGGAACUGGUUGUUGGACGUAUCCGCACUACACCUGAGUACAGAGACUCCGACAUGGAGACCACAGUACUGUCUCUAAGUCUGUUCCCUGCCUCCUACAUACAGUACCCUGGAGACGACGGAAUAUAUUUCCGCUUUGAGGCAGCCUGGGAUAGCUCCCUCCACAACUCCAAUCUUCUCAACCGCAUGACGUCAUCGGGAGAACGUGUGUACAUGACGUUGUCGGCGUAUAUUGAGGUGGAGAACUGUGAUCAGCCCGCCUGUAUCACCAAGGAUCUGUGUGUUAUUGUUCACUCAAGGGACACCAAGAUAUCCACGUCAAGUGCUCGUUUCAGGACACUGAGGAACCUGUUUGGCGGGUCAAAGAACCAGGACAGUAACCGGGUGAGCGGUAUCUACGAGUUGUACCUGCGACGGGCCUCCGAUUCAGGUAGUCCAGGUGUACAGCGACGUCAGCGCCGUGUCCUCGAUACGUCCUCGACAUACGUCAGGGGCGAGGAGAACCUGAACGGCUGGCGUCCCCGUGGGGACUCGCUCAUCUUCGACCACCAGUGGGAGCUGGAGAAGCUCACCCGUCUUGAACUUGUGGAAAAGUCACGCCACGUGUUGUUACUGCGUGAAAAACUUGCGGAACAAAACAAAACUCACGAGCUGAGUAAACUGGACAAGGAGGCAUCCAACAAGUCCGCUAAGGCGAGGCAGCAGGAGGAGACCAAGUCUGACGAAAAGAUACAGCCACCGAGCCCAGACAAGGUCGACAACACGACAGACGAGAAACUCAUCGAGAAAUGGGAAAAGGUUGACGAAAGUGAAAAGGGCAAAAAGCUCAGCAAACGGGAGGCUAUAUUCAAUUUUGAAACCAACGGGGAUCCUGAAAAGGAGCUGAUGGCCAAAUGUCUUCGACUGUUGAUCCACGGACGGGUUCCAUUGUCUCCACCCCCAAUUAAGACACCGACUGUGAUGCUAGAUUCUGUAGCCAGUACAAACACAAAUACGUCGGAGGAGAGCGACGGUGUGACUGAUUCCAUGACCACCAGCAUGUCUACAUCGUCUGCCUCCGAAAUGUUCAGUAAACAAUCCACAAACAACAACUCUAUCCAAUUGUCAAAAUCCUGUGAAAGUCUGUCUACAAACUCGAACACCACAAACUCAAACACCUCCCAGGAGUCCUCAGCAGACAGGAAGUUAUCACUGCCAAUCAAAUCAAUGAAUCUGAACCUAGACAGUGACAUUUACAUUCCACAUAUUGAGGAGGUGCGCGUCAGCCCUGUCGUUUCCAGGAAGGGCUACCUCAACUUCCUGGAGGAAAAGCACAGUGGCUGGGUCAAACGCUGGGUGGUGGUGAGACGUCCAUAUGUGUACAUUUACAAUUCUGAGAAGGAUCCAGUGGAGCGAGGAAUCAUCAAUUUGGCCACAUCUCAGAUAGAUUACAGUGAGGACCAACAAGCUCUGCUGAAGGCCCGUAACACAUUCUCUGUACUGACCAAGUACCGCGGGUUCCUGAUGCAGACCCUUGACGAGAAGGACUUCCAUGACUGGCUGUAUGCUAUAAACCCACUUCUGGCUGGCCAGAUAAGGUCUACGCUGUCACGCCGUAAGCAGCCGGUACAGAUAUGAGUUAUCUUGUAAACAGAUGGAUGAGAGCACGUGAUGUGAGGAUUGAGAGAAUGAUCUGGCAGCCAACAGCUGCACAUUUAUAGUGAUUGAUGAAAUAUUCCACAUGUCUUCUCCAAAAUUCAGAAAAGCGAAAAAUAUGUUCAACAAAAUGCAUUAACGCUAGAUUUUGGAACAAUGUUAAAUUGGUUUUGGAAUAUUUUGACUGACAAAUUCUACUUGAAGCUGAUUUAGAAUAUUUACUUUUUUUUUUGUUAAAUAAAAGAAAUAAGAAAAUCAACCAAUCACAUGAAUGGAUGUAUAUAGCCAAUGAGAGAGCUUGUUAUAUAAACUCUGUAUAAUUCAUCAAAUGAAUAGAUACUAGUUAUAGAUUUGUCAUUUUCAUUUACCCAUCAUGCAAAGUGAUUAUAUUGUGAGACUAUGUGAUCCUGUAUGUAUAUUCAAAAAAUUCAACAGUGUACGUUAUUUUGUGUGGAGUUUUCUCCCCUUUUGCAAAAUGGAGAAUGCAUUUUAUCAUAAGCUCAUACAGAUCCUGACCUACCUAACUCAGAUAUUGAGCUUUAAGUAGUGCAAUAUACAGAGAUGAGGCUUAAAAAAAUAUUCCAUGAGCUUUGCCGUCAUGUGUUGUGGUGAAUCGUUAUAAGCACAUUAAAUGUGAUUAUUUGUAGCCGUGUGCGUCAUCAUGUAAACCUGACUAUACCUUAAUCUCGCAGUAGACUCGUUAUCAUAGUGCUGUAUGUGUUGAAAUAUUAUCUCAUGUACAUACUUUAUCGAUAAAAAAACUGAAAAUAGGUCACAUCUAGAGCCACAGUUGAACAUUUUCAGGCUACAAUUGGGAGUUUUGAAGGAAUCUGGUAAUGUGCUUUUGUUAUUCAUUGAUGCUAUGAAGCAGGAAGUAAAUAAGUAAUAUGAUAAAUAAUAAGUAAAUAAGAAAAAGUAAUAUUGCUGUUUAUCGUUAACUGUUUAUCAUUAAGGUAGAAAUUUUUUGGUAAAAACUAAUUUUACAUAAUAUUCAUUUGAAAAUAUCCUAUGUUUGAGUUAUUAGAAUGUACUUAAAGUAAGUUAACAGUGCUAGAAAGAGGGACAGAUUUUCUCCUGAAUGGCAAACAAAUAUCAGUAUAUUGAGAAUGGAACAUUUGGAUUUAGAAGACCCCGGGUAGCAAGUACAUGUCAAAAUGUUAAUAAUUGAAUUCACACCAAUUACUUAUAUUUUGUUUCAAUCUCGAUAAAUACAUCGGACCUACAUAUGAAGUACAGCGUAUGUGCCAAAUAUGAUAUUAAACAAGAAUAAGUGUUUUUUAUGUCAAAGAUUCUGUGUUAACGGCAACCAGGCACACAGCGACGUCGGUAGUGAAAUUGGAAUAUACAUAUAUAUAUAUAUAUAUCAUAUCAGAGGUAUAGUGUUUUAAAGAAACAGUUGAUAAAACAGUUAACGGUUCAUUAGGUACAACAAUAUUGUCUAGUGACUUCCUUUACAAACAGCUGUUUGCCAUAUCGUACAGGCAGUGGGGAGGUAUAAGAUUAAACAUUCCUUGUCAAUUUUAAUCCAGUUUUGUGAAAAUAUUUAUUCCAACUUUGAUAAUACAAGCUCAGUUGUCUCCAAUGUCCUGUGAAUAUCAAAGUAAUUGUUUGAUUUAAAUCUAUUGGUAUAUAUUUUCGAACAGAUUUAUCAGAUAUAAUGUUCAACUGGAGGAGUUGCCAUGGUUAAAUUCAAUGCAACACAAGUUUUACUGUUUACGUAAAUCUUUGUUUAAUCAAUUAUAAACAAAAUUUAUUUGAGUAUCUAGAAAAAAAAUGUUUGUUUUAAAGUUCUUUCAUGGCAAUUAAAAUUCAUCAAAAAGGUAAAAAUACAUUUGAGCUGAAUUUCGUAAUACCCUGAAAUAAUGUACCGGUAAUAUAUAUAGCAUUUUUAGGCUUAAGGUCAACACAUGGAAGGGUUACUAGUAUUUGGAUGCUGGGGGCUUUGGAAGUUAACUAAGGGAGAUAACACCAUAAAAAAAUACUGACAAAAUACUUCUAAGAUUCCUGCCGGCUGAGAAGAUAAACUACUGCAUUUUUCACAUGAACUUUAAUGGAAUAUACUUGUAUAUCUUUCAACUGAAAGUUAUAAGGUUUAUUUCUCGAUCUCUUUAGAGUUAUCAAAUACAUUAUAACCAUGUGAUAGAUUAUGUAGAUAUAUA